AUGACUAGCUUCACCACUCUCGCUGCGCGGGGACUCUUGGCCUCUCCCAUUGAUUUCGCGCCCUCUACAUCCUCCGACAACGAGUUGCUGCUCUGUCCGGACGAAAAUAACUUCGCAACGCAGUAUGACGCCACCGUCCGUGCCGUCGAAUCCACCCCACAUUUACCGGUCACAUUGCGUUUUCCCUCUUCGUCGAAGGUCGUAUCGCAAAUAGAAGUAUCGCAGUUUUUCUUGACAGAAGAUGAGAUCCGCAAGCUGCUCUCGGAUUCAUCGAGCGCCAUCAUGCAGAGCUUUCCCCCGCCUUUAGAGAUACCCAGUGCGACAAUUGCAUCUUCAGCGACCCCGGCGCUUCAUCUGCUACCAUAA